CCGGAAGCUGGCAGCCCACCCACAUCGAGGUCUCCCAUCUCCCCUCUCUCGCCUCGCGUUCACACAUCCCCCCUUCUCCUUCUUCCCCCCCUCUCCCAAGCCGCGAAAUCCCCUACUAAACCCUAGGAUUUUCUCCCCUCCCAAUGCUGGAGACGGAGCCGUAGCAAGGUUUCUUACCUCUGGAAUUUGGGGGAUUCUCAACGCCCAAGCUAGAUUACAUAACAUGAAUGCAGGAUUCAGCCCACAGAUCUUGGCGCAGAAGCUUUUGAAGCUCAAUAAUUCACGACAAAGUAUAGAGACUUUGUCACAUUGGUGUGUCUUUCAUUAUCGACACUGCCGACAAGUUGUUGAAACAUGGGAAUCUGAUUUUCACUCAGCUCCUCGUGAGAGGAGGGUAUCUUUGCUGUACCUUGCAAAUGAUAUCGUGCAGAACAGCAAAAAGGACUCUGGUAGAUAUGUAAAUGAGUUCUGGAGGGUUAUCCCUGCUGCCUUAAACGAUGUGUUUGUCAACGGCGAUGAUUUUGGAAGGAAUGUCGUACAGAGACUGGUUGACAUAUGGGAAGAACGUAACAUAUUUGGAUCCCAUGGGCAAAGUCUCAAGGAAGACUAUUCUAGAAGGUUCAAGGAGUUCAAAUCCAAGUCGAGAAAUUCUAGUGGGGAGCUGCUGGAAAAGGUUAUCUCUUGCUACAAGCAUAUGUUGAAUGCUCAUGUAGACGACGAUACUCUCAUGCGGAAAUGUCAAAAUGCUCUUAGCUUUGUUGACAAUCUCAGCAACGAAUAUGAGAACAACUCUAUUUUAGACUGUAGUAAUGGAUCUGGCUUUGUGGAGGAGCUGCAAGAACAACAUAACAUCCUGAGAGACUCCAUUGAACAAUUCAAAACAUCAGAAUUACUCAGAGGCAAUCUUAUUUCUUGCUUAAAGGAAGCACUCCAUGAACAGGAGUUCAAAAUGGAACGGGCCAGAAGCCAGAUUAAGGAAGUUCAAUCCCGAUACAAGAAAGCUGAUGACCUCUGCCAGAAGCUUGGAAUACAUGUAGAAAGGCAGGAACAACCGAACCAUGGGCCUAAGAACUCAGGUUCUGAAAUGCAUGGUAGCUUUGGCCCAGAUUCAGCUAAUGCCAGUUCUUUUGAGAAGGGACAAUCAAGUGCGGUGAUGUAUUCCCAGGAGAACGGCGGUGAGCAUGAGAUCCCCAAUGGCGUUUUCUCUUCACGGGCCACCAAGGAUAACAUUGAGCAGAAACUAGAAGAGCACUCUACGAAUAAGAGACAGAAACUACAGAAUGAUGUGUAUGUUUCACGGCCUCAAUCGCCACCUCCGCCACUGCCAUCUGAUGCAUUUGAACAGCCGCCGCCACCACCUGAGCAUCCCCCGCCACCAGAGUCUACAUCGCCCCCUCCACCGCCAACUUCUGAUCCACCUCCAGUCCCCCCGCCACCACCGACAACAGGUUCAUUCAUGCCAAUUCCUUCUGCUCCGUUUGCGGGACUGCCAGUACCUGCCGGCCCUAUGACAGCAGUACCCUACAACUCUUACCCAGUAUUUCCUCCUAUGAACUAUCCCAUGGUCAACAUCCCACCUCCCUUCCCUAGUGCUCCAAAUACCCCCCCUGGUUUCCAAGGUUUGGCUGGUCCCUUCUAUGGCCCUCCUUACCCCGCACCACCACCGCCACCGCCACCACCGAUGAACAGGAAAUAGACUAGUUUCUUGCCUGCAGAUUAGUACUGCCAGCCAGCUUUGGAGGAUAGCCAUAGACUUUGCUUCACUGAAGAAUAUGAUCGUGAUGAUUCAUCGCCAUGUGUUGUGGAGCUUGGAAUAUACUGUUCCUAGUGUUGUACAUUAGUCAGCUGGCCAGAUAGUAGCGGAUUUAACAGUUAAUUAGCAUUAGUUGUUCAGGUCAUGGUCAUGAAGCAAAAAGGAAACCAUGUGUGACUGCUAGAAAGAAAUUCUGGAGUUAUGAGUUAUGACAGCUGAAGGCAAAUGCCAUAGCAUGACAUCUUUUGUUACUCUUCUUUUUCUUCCUUAGAAAAUGUUUGUCACAUUUUGCUUGUGUUGUUUACUAGAUUAUUAUGUCCAUAGUUGUUGCAAUGUUGAGAGCAGGUAAUUCUGUUGUUUUGGUAUGAGAUGCAAAUUUUAAUCCUCUCA